AUGUCCGCCGCUUUCCGGAACGAAUUAUCGUCCUCACUGACCAUACCUUCGGCAGGGCAGCAAGAGAACAGCUUUAGUGGAGCCAAAAGUUUCUCAAAGAGGAUACCCUGCGAGAAGUUGCAGAGGCUGUCUCAGCAGUUUCAGCGUGAGUGUUGCGUUGCUGAUGUUCAGAGGAGGUUGACAGCCCUGAAGGAUAAAUGGAGAAGGGUAGAGAGGAUUAAAUCCCUUGGUUCUGCGUCAUGGGAUCAUGCUACUAGGACUAUAUACAUACGAGAAGAAGAUUACCAACAGUAUGCCUUGGAUCACUCGAAGGAUUCAGGGUUGCUGAAUAGGCCUAUUCAGGAUUAUGAUGAGCUUUCUUUCAUCUUCGGUGAUGAAUAUGAUCCAUCAGCAGCUGAAAUUCAGUUGGAAAGGGAUCAAAACACUCACUCUGACGAUAGUAAUAUAUCUGAAGAUCCCAUGGAGCAGAAGAUAGCUAAUGAGGAUAUCCGCUACUUAGUUCUGAAGAUUGGAGAGCUAAUAGAUGCUGUGAAAAGCUUGAAGCCCAGAGACUUUGCCGAAGACUAG